AUGAGUCCUAUUCCAUCGGCUGGUCCUGCCAGCAACGAGACUAUUUACUACAAGCAUGCCGCUAACGCGCCUCCCUUCGAUCCAUGGAACCAGACCAUCGUCCUUUACGACGCUCAAGGCUACCGUGUGCCUCACGACCUCCGCUUGAAUUACUUCAAUGACUGGGCAAAAUAUGCAAUCCACGCCUCCAUCAACUGGGGCAGUCAGAUCGGCGCUUCUAUCAUCAUGGUCAUCUUGCUCCUCGUUCUGACCAAGCACGACAAGCGUCGCUCCCCCAUUUUCAUUCUCAACAUUCUUGCCCUGGUCUUGAGCGUCGUCCGUGCCAUCACCAACGUCGCCUUCUACACGAGCGAGUUCUACAACUUCUACACCUUCAUCACUGAGGACGUCUCCCGCGUCCCUACCUCCGACUAUGCCACCUCCAUUACCGCGGUCAUCAUGACUCUCCUCUUGCUUACCUGCAUCGAGUUAUCCCUCAUCCUGCAGGCCUCCGUCGUCUGUGCGACUCUUGCUCGCCCUCGCCGCAUCACUAUCACGGUUCUGUCCAUUGUUGUUGCCUUGAUGGCUAUCGGCGCUCGCAUUGCCCUCACCGUCUGGAACAUCCAAUUCAUCUUCGGCCUGACAGACGAUCUGCGAGCUAAUCUACCGGCAAUCUCGAACAUCACAUCCAGCUUUAGCGUCUGCUUUUUCAGUUUGAUCUUCUGUGGCAAGCUCGGUCUUGCCAUCAGAAACCGCCGUAAACUGGGACUUAAGCAGUUCGGACCCAUGCAGAUUGUCUUCAUCAUGGCAGCGCAGACAUUGAUCAUUCCGGGUAUAUGCUCGAUGGUGCAGUUCUUCACCAACGACGAGAUUGGAGCCCUGUCCCUGACCGUGGUCGCUAUUUUCCUACCGCUCUCGUCUGUCUGGGCCGCCGCCAACACCGACAGUCUCAACCAAGCUUCACGCAGUCACGAUGCGCAUCACAAAUUCCUCGGCGGUCUCAAGUGGAAGAAGGCUCCGGGUGAACGGAAGUCGAUAGCUACCACGCUGGACUCCUCCAUCCUUUCUUCGCGGGAUCCCCUCUCUCCGUCUUCGAGGAAGACCACCUCGACGGACGAUACGGAGAAGACACAUGGAGAUGUCGAGGAUGAUCGUGACGACCAAGUCUUCGAAGCGGGCAAGGCCAUCAAUAGGAUGUUCCCCUAG